GCCCCGCCCUCUACUCUUCUCCCUCGCAACGGACUCUCCCUUCAAACGGGAAACAAGAUGGCGGCGGCAGGUCCGAGUACUCGGGCCUCUUCCGCGGCGGCAGCGGCAGCUCUCAGUCGGCGGGGCCGACGGGGCCGCUGUGACGAGAUGGCGGCAGCCAAGACUGGGGCCCCGGGCGCAGCCUCUGGCCCCGCGCUGCUGGUGUUGCCGCCACCGCUGCUGCAGCCGCCGCCACCGCCGCGGCCGGAGGAGUCGGGCUGCGCCGGGUGCUUGGAGACCCCGGGGGAAGCGGCGGCCCUGCCGUGCGGCCACUCGCUGUGCCGAGGCUGCGCCCAGCGCGCCGCCGACGCAGCGGGCCCGGGUUGCCCGCGCUGCCGAGCCCGCGGCCCCGGCUGGGCCCGCCGUCGGGCCCGCGACGACGGCCAGGCCGACGCGGAGGUGCAGGGCGAGCGCGCCCGCCGCGGCCAGCCCGAGCGCUGCCGCCCGCGCCGGGACGGGGGCGCGGCCGCCGCGGGGCCCAGGCCGGAGCAGGAGCCGCGCGCCGCGGCCGCGGAGCCAGAGUUUAUAUUCAGAGCACCAAUCAAAUUAAGCAAGCCUGGAGAACUUCGUGAGGAAUAUGAAAGCCUGAGAAAGCUGAGAGAGGAAAAGUUACAAGAGGAGAAAACCUCUGAAGAUCAAAUCCACAAGCUGUUAUCGGAGGAUACGGAAACAGGGAAAAGGAAAAUGGACGACCAGAAAAAGAGAGAUGAGCCAUUGGUACUGAAGACAGAUCUGGAACAUUGUCCUGCGCGCCUCUCAGAUUCAGAGAAUGAAGAACCUUCCCGAGGCAAGAUGACACAGACCCAUCGCUCGGCAUUUGUUUCUAAGAACAACUCCUACUCCUUAGCUUUCCUGGCAGGGAACCUGAAUUCCAAGGUGGAAAGGAGUCAGAGCUGCAGUGACACUGCUCAAGACAGAGUGAAGAGCAGACUCAGAGCAGCCCCGACCAGCAAAACCAAGGUUACGGCUAUGGCCCCAGCCUCCAACCCCAUCAUCGGCGUCCUCCUGUCCACCCAGAACAACCGUUGCCUCUCAGCCCCUGACUUAACGGUCGAAAAACGUCUCCCCUUCAGCUCCCUCUCAUCCUUGGCUUCCCUGCAUAAGCCAGAACGCUCCAUCAGUCCGGAGAGCAAUGAUAGCAUCUCCGAGGAACUAAACCAUUUCAAGCCCAUUGUCUGCUCACCGUGUACUCCUCCCAAGAGACUCCCCGAUGGCCGAGUGCUCAGUCCCCUCAUCAUCAAAUCAACACCCCGCAACCUCAACAGAAGCCUGCAGAAGCAGACUUCUUACGAGGCUAGUCCCAGGAUCCUCAAAAAGUGGGAACAGAUCUUUCAGGAGCGGCAGAUCAAAAAGACCCUUUCGAAAGCCACCCUCACCUCCCUGGCUCCAGAAACAGGGGAAGACUUAGUAGUGUCCGAGGUGACCCAUCCUAGCAAGGAAAAGCCGCUGCUGGCUUUACAGACAAGACUGGCGGGGGGUCAGGCCCUCUCUGCGUGCGCCGGACCCACCCCCACCGACCUCGAUUAUGUCCCCUCCAUUAGCCAAACUAAAGGCGAGCAGGGCAGCGCGAGUAAAAGGAGCCCUGAGAUCCCAUCGGAAACGUGCUGCUCUUCAGAACCCCGAGGGGGAGCCAGUGGGACUUCCUCGGAGAAGGAGCAGGAGGAAGGGCCGGGGCGCACCCCUGAGGCCAAGUUAGACAAAACCUGUACGAGCACAACCGUGAACAUCCCAGUGGCCAAUUCAGUGCUGCCCAAAAACAGUGUUCUGGGCGGGGUCCUCAAAGCGAAGAAGCAGCUGAAGACGGCGAAUCCUUUUGAUCUGCCCAACGGUGUGCUGGCGGACAGCCUAGGUGAGGAGCCCCUUCCUUCCUUGCGCCGGGGCCGGAAAAGGCACUGUAAGACCAAGCACUUGGAACAAAACGGCUCCCUUAAGAAGCUGCGGCAGAGCGGUGGGGAGGCGGGCCCGGCCGCCCGGGCCCCGGGCCUGCGGGAGAUGGAGCAGAAGCUGCAGCAGGAGGAGGAGGACCGGCGCCUGGCCCUGCAGCUGCAGCGCAUGUUCGACAACGAGAGGCGGACCGGGAGUCGGCGGAAAGGGAGCGUGGAUCAGUAUCGCCUACGGUCCAGCAACGUGGCCGGGGCCAAGUAGCGCCCCAGGAACAUGUGGCCUGUUUUUAAGAGGUCUGUGGGCCUGAUCAUUUAUCCUGAAGAGCUGAGUGUUCUCACUUUGGGUUUCUUUUCAUGGCAAAACACUGUCUGCUAUGGUUCUGAGAGGUUCCAGGGCCUUUGUGGUCUCUGUCCAAGGGCCCUAUGUCUCUGCCUCCCGGUGACCACGGCCAGAAGCACUCCUCACCCCUAAGUGACCCACCCCUGAGGGCUUCUGGGCCAAAUCUGGCAACACCCACUUGGAACGAGAUUCAGGAGCACAGGGGCCAGAGUUAGAGAUGGUAGAGGAGACAGGGGAUACCUUCUGAAACUGACAGACCUCCUGACUUCUUUCAACAGGGUCUUAUUUUAAAUCAGCCUUGCAGAUAAAAGGGAGUUCCCGCUUUCUCAGAGAAGUGGGUCAGUGUCGCUCUUUGGCAGAUCCAAGAUCAUGUUCCCCCUUCUCCUUCCCUGUGCCACAAGUAAAUAUACCUAAUGAAAUCAGUUGAGUUUACCAUCCUACAAAAGUUAAUUUACCUUCCCUGUGUAAAAAGUAACAUCGGAUUAAUGCGCUGUCUAGUCGACAGACCAACUUCACCGUCAGUGUUCAGUUUGGUCUUCCCAGGAGCGCUAACACGUAAGUGGUUAUCAGCGCCGUUUUCGAUGAUGAUGGAACUGCAGGGCGGACGUUCAGGUCCUGUCAUUCACUAAGUGGCGUAGCCCAGACUGACUGUCGGGGCUCCUGACAACAGAUCCCAGAGAUUUUCCACACUAACAGGUUGAACAGGUUGCCGUAAUGGACAGCAGCCCAAGGGCAUGCCACGCACGGGAGCCCAGGGAAAGCUGGCUGAGCAUUUGAAUACUGAUUGUGUAAAAUCCAUAGGCAGAUAAUUGAGAUCGAUGGGAACUAUAUAAAUAAAUACUAUGCAGUUAUCCACCCUGCUCCCCGCCCCCACCACAGUUUACAGCCUUCUGUUUUCUGGGGGGUGGAGGGGGCUUCCGCCCUGUGAGACAAAUUACAGCUGAACUUCGUUAUUACUCUCCACAUGUCCAAGGGUUAUCUGCAACGUUGAUCUAAAAUCCCAAAAAUUUGCCCAGAAGUCAGGCAAGAGCAAUGCUGAAACUCCAUACUAUGGAAACAAGGUAUCUAGCUGGAUGCAGCUGGUAAAUUCAGUCCCAUGGACCUUUGGGGUUUAUUUUCCUUAGGAGCUGACACCAUGUGUCUUUUGCAUCCCUGGUGGUGCUUGGUGCUUCUGCCCGUCUGGGCUCAUUGGGAAUAGGGAUUAAGAGAUGAUUUUAGGGAAUCUCAGAUGGGCUGGCAUUCCCUGUGCAUGUACGAGCUGUUACUAUAAAGUCAUGUGACUGGCAUUUCAACAAAGGUUUUAGAGCUUAUGUAUCCCAGUGUACGUUGUCCCCCUUGAGUGACUCCAGCAGGAUACUGCAUAGAUUUUCCAAUGAUGGUGCCAUUGGCAAAAACAUUUCUGGAACUGUCCUCAACGUCUAGAAACAUCUAGAAAUAUAAACUCCUAAAAUGUUAGAAUUGGAAGGGACCUUAAUGGUCAUCUUUUCCAACCUCCUCCUCUUACUAAGGCAGAAACUAAGAUCCAGAAUGGUGACUCACCUGAUCACUAGGGAUUUACCAGAUCACCUUUUGAUUCCUCUCAGGAGAAUUUUGCCCCCUCUUCUCGGGGCAGAUCUUUACUCUUUUGUGGUUACAGGAGGGAGAAUUUUAAGUCUGAAACUAGUCAGAAGCUGUUUGAAGCCUCUAGAAGAGAAGGCCGGGCCAGAGGGCUUCAGAGUUACAAACGAGUUGUAGCUGUCAAGCAGUCGGAGUCAUUUCCUCGUGCUGCUCAGGAACAGCUCCCGGGGAGAAGUUCCAGAGAUGUCGUAAGCAUUUUGGUCCUCACUGAGAUGUGUGGAACCUCCUCGGUGACUGCUUUGGUGGGAGGGUCCCUCACUUGAAUGUAUGUGUUCUGUGUUCUGUGGGUCUGUGUGCGUGCACACAUGCAGAUGUGUGUUUAAAACACAUGCAUCCGUCCCAUUCCUCUGUAUUCACACCACUUCGGUUCCAGGCCCUGCCAGCCACACAGGCCUCCACAGGCUGCUGGACGGUCGGUCCCCAGGAUAGCAGAGCUGGUGCUGGUCUGCGGAGGAAGGGGAGGGUGACUCACUGAAGGCCCUUAGAGAAAGCCUCAGUUCCUGCCAUUUCCUAGAGCUGCUCGUUGGUCUGAGCGAACAUCCCUGGGAGGCUCGUCCGCUCGGUGGUAGCAAAGAAGCUUCUUUUCUCCACUUGCCGCCUUUUGUCUAGGUCUCCAGUCAUUUGAAAAACACGUUUCAGUUGGAACUGGUUUUUGGUUUUGGAGAAAAGAUAAAUAUUUUUAAUAGAAAAAGAUAUAUAUUUUAAAUAUUUCCCCGAAGUCAUACUUUUGUUUUAAGGAGUUGCAUAGCAGUAGCAAGGAAUUUUAGGUUCAGGUGCAGAGUGCAAAGCUCCCUCCUGUGAAGUGAGUAUUGCAAACGCCAGAUCCAGCUUGCUGACUUUCCCCCUUGCACCUCCUGUUGUGUCUAGAGGGGCCCUGACAGUUGUUCUGCAGACUUCCGGCCGAGCAGUAGUCCUUGCUGUGGAGGCAAAGCAGUUUAGGUUAAGGAGCGACAGGGCUUACCCUCUCAUCUGCUUGGCUUUGGAGGAGGAAAAAACCACUAAGGUAUUAUCUGUAUUUUAAAAUGCUUCCCGUACUUAACUAACACCUGAACACUUUCUCCUUCUGAAAACCGUCUGUGUCCUGUUGCUUGCUUCCUUGUGAAGUUUAUCACAAAUGGUGUUGUUGACAUGAAUUAUUUGGAGAAAGAGAAAGACAGGAAGGGAAAACAGAGUGAUGGGGAGGGUUGGUGAGGGAGAACGAGAGAGCCGCUAUUUCACAAAACAGACAUUUCUCACGAAUCACUGGAAUCUGAUUCACCAUACAAAUUUCCCAUGUCCUACGAGCUCUGCUCCUUGUGUAUAUGCAUUCUGUGUGUGUGGUUUUUGUUUUUGUUUUUGUUUUUAUUAAAGGGGAAGUUAGGAGAGGUUGGAGGAUGAAGGUCAUUCUGUGGUGCCCUGAGAAGAGGGCUCUCAGCCCUUUUCCAUAGAGUGGGGAAGACCUUUGGCAACAUAUUCGUGACCUAUUGAUUGUAUCUGCUGGAAGGAGUCAUCAGGGCCUGUUGGGUCAGUGUCAAAUCAGGGGAUUAAGCACCCAGCCCUUGGACCCUUUCAUAUAAUUGCCUCUUUUUAAAAGGUUAAUUCAUCAUGGCUGCAACUUCCCAGGAAAACCUUUUGUAAGUGGCUUCAUUUCUUACUUUUUUAAGUUUUAGAUUUUUGUCUGGAGGAAGAACUGGUGAUGAAUGCCUUCUGGUUUUCUUGGUUUUGGGUGUUUUUUUUUGUUUUUGUUUUUGCUCAUUUCCCCUAAAAGAAAAAUGCCCUUAAGAGAUUAAAGCUGCUUAAUUAAUUGCUGUCUGAUUACAAAGUGACAGACUAAGAUGGGAAGCUGCCACUGUGCUUGACUGGUGAAGCUGAUGACCGAAGGCUGUGCUGUUCACCCUUUCUGUUCCAUUUAACAGACAUUCCUGAGCUUCGAACUUGUGCCAACCUUGUACUGGGUCAUGGAGAUACAGGAUGGAAAGGACAGUCCCCGCUCUUGAGGAGCUCAGUCUCUAAUGGAAUGUAUUUGAAUGUCUGUGUGGCUGGAGUUCUGCUUCUUCAUAGUGACCAUCUUGGAUGGCCCCAUUUAAGAUACUGUCCAGCAUCUGGCAGGCUGCCUUGAACAUCUUAGACCCCUCCCAUCAGUAUUUCUGAAUUUGAUUGCAACAUUGCUUUCCAUUUCCUAAGUAAUUUUACCAGAGGAGAAUGAAUUUUCUCCUCCAGUGACACAGGACAAUAAUCUCUUCAGGAGAGCUUUUACAUCAGUGCCAGGAAGUGAGGCAGGGUGUGGAUCAUUGACAUGGGCAGAGGAGGCCCACAUCCCAACUCCCUGACCUCCUCACCUCCUUCCCAACCAGACCUCUCAUCACAGCUGGUAGCAACUUUUGGAUUCCUUUGUCUUUUUUCUGCCUGGCUUUUCACUGAGAUGGAAAACCAGCAGGAGAGGAAAGAAAGAAAAAUUGAAGGCUGGAUUAUAAUCAUAAAAUGCUAUAGCUCGAAAGGGCAUGGAAAUCAUUCAGGUCAAAUUUUUCCCACUUGCUGCCCGUUUUUUUCUAAGAAAUAAGGAACGUGAGGUCCAGUGUCCUAUGCCCUAUUUUAUACUGUAGUUUCCUAGGAUCUAAAUGGUCCGUUUAAAUUACACACACACACACACACACACACAAUUUACUAAUGAGGACACCCACAUGAUACAGGAGGCUUUUUGUUUUAAUAUUAGCUUUCUCUUUCAAAUUUUUUGUUAGAAUUAAUACCUAUAUCCCCUGAACACACACCCAGAUAGGGAAAACCCCACAAUGUGACUAAUGUGAAUAUGGAGUCUUGGGAAGUGAUAUAUUUUUUGAUUGGAAUAGUCAUCAUUUUAACCACCAAGGGUUAAAACCCAGCCAGCCCUUCAUUUUUCUUUGAAAAAUCAAGAACUCCUUAGGGACUUAAAUCUUUCUCAGCCAGCCUUUUCCCCAUCAACCUAUAGAGUGGUCUUUUGGCCUGGUUUUUAGAAGUAAGCAUAGUUGCUUAUAAAUUCUUGUGAAUCAGUGACAAAGCAGGUAUUUUUUUCGGGGGGGGGGGAUGUCGAGGAGAUUCUAGGGAAAGCUGCUGCUGAAUAGCUUUUCCUCCAAAGAUGAUACAGAAAAUGCAUCUUUCACAUGCUUGUUAUCCACUGUAACUUUCUGAAAAAGAUUGUUCUACAGAGAAAAGAGACAUAAGCAGAGGUCACGACCAGCUUAGAGAUUGGUUAAAUUGAAGAAAAAGUGCCAAGACUGAAUGUGCACAUUGUUCUAUGUAUGAUCAGUAUUUUUAUUCUUCCUAAGAAAAAUAUUUACACACUUUGCUUUGUGAGUAAAUGCUUCCUUACUGUCUUGUUAAUAAGGGUGGCAGGCUCCCUCUGCCUUUUCUGGGGUCUUUUAUCAACUAGUUGGACAAAGCCGAGCUAAGGCCAGGCUUACUCGUCUUCUUCCCUCUCACUUAAUUGGUAAAAACAGGCAAUGCACUCCUCAAAGAUCAAGCUGUUAGAGCUCAAGAGUAGCUGUUUGGGCCCUGGGUCUGGAGGGCAGUGGCCAGAGUCUCCCUGGGUGGCCCUGUGCACCCUCCAACUAUGCCACCAAUGGGAGCAGGGCCCCUUCCUCCGUCGGUGGGUCCAGCCCUUUGCCUGCAGCAGAACACUUAAACUCCUAAGGAGAGAAUGGAGAACUACUCGAGGGAAAAAAUUAUCUUAAAUGCCACCUAAUGGUUUUGUUUUUGUUGUUUCUCCUGAUGUGCUGUUUACUCUCAAUUUGUACACACACAGUUGUCCUUAGGGCCUUUCCUCUUCUCACCUAGAAACAGAAAAUGGGAUGUAUAUUGGUUUCCAACCUGCUGUCUACAUUAGAAUUGGAGACGGGGCCUGGAUCCUUGUGGACUGAGCUUCCUCUCCAACUCAUCACCAACAGCAUCUUGACAAAGAAAGACCCAGAACAGGGCAGGCCCUGUCAGGGAUACUUCUGCCAACAAAGAAACGGCACAGAAUCAAACGGGACGAUGUGCUGUUUGUUUAAACAGUACCAAAGUGCAUUCUUCAGUGUAUGUUUGCCUGCUUGAGGAGAGGCCCAAGUUGAGCACAUAGUAAAGCAAACUCAUGAAAGUGAAUAUUCUGUUUCUAGUCAAAGUCUUAACCUCUAGAGCACAAUCGCAGGCAAAUCUGGGCUGAGACUAGGUGUGUUUGAUUUUUGGAGCUAUCUUUGCUCUGAGAGAUGCCCCACUUUGGAAUGUCUUGUUUUGGCAUUCAGAAUGGUGGGAGAAAUUAGGAGGCGAGAUGGGGUUUCCCUGGUGUGCUGUGUCUGAGGUCUAAGUUAAGAAUGGUCUGUUCAACCAUUCUGACUCCUAAUGAAGGCACAAGAGUCUGAGAAAAGAACGGAUGUACAGGAUGAGACUAUCCUUGCAUAUUGGGGCUAUACUCAAAACAUCUGAUUUUUAAAAUACCGGCUUUGGAAGCACUGCUCAAGAAUUCAUCAAAAUCCCCUUGGUGUCCAUUUCUCAUCAAACACAGAACAAAUGUAUCGCUGUCCCAUCUAAAUGUGUAAAACCAAUUUGAAGGACUGAUGCAAGACAUGCCGUACGUGGUAAACCAGCACUUAAGGGAUCUUUGAAAUCUGGCCCAAGACUCUUCCAAAAGACUGUCUUUAAAAUGAUUUGCAAGAAACAAGGCAGCUGCAUGGAAGUAUACAAACAGUAUGAUUGUUCUUUGGCCUCUGAGGGAACAGAAAAUGUCCUACAUAUUGCACUCAUGGAUUCCGAUAGCCUGGUGUGGUGAAGGGGGUGCCCUCAUUUACAGAUGGGAAACUCUGGCCCUAACAUAGCCUGGAAGUUGGGUCCUCUGACUGCAAAGCCACUGAUUGCUUUUCCUGUUGCCCUAGCUCAGUCAGCUCACUGCGCUGCCAUCCCCCCGCUCUGGUCUUGGCUAACUCUAAGGUUCCAGUUGCUUUCUGGGUUGGAUCUUCUGGACUGGGCCUGCCAGGGAUAGAGAGACCAGAAUCUUCCCUCUGCACCCACCAUAGGGGUGGGAGGUAUCCUGCAGCAGCAAGCACUGUGAGACACAGUCUGCAUCUGAAUCAGUUCUCAGUUCCCUCCCCUGCGGCCAUAUCCAGCUCCCAGGGAGUUACUGGCAUCUUGGAUAAGUGGCUAGGAGGACAGGAUGGCCCUACCUAGUUUUGGAGAAUUAGUGGUGGGAGAAAUUAUUUCUUCUGGUUUGCUCACUAGGAGGUUGGAGAAGGCGAAGAGUGUGGCAGCCAGCUUCCCAUCUGCUUAUGAAGAAGGGAGGGCGGUGCUGGGUGAAAGCAGCCCACGGGGUCGAAGCCUCUAGUGGCAGAUGUGCUGGGGAGAGUGAGUGUGCCGGCAGCAGGGAGGGCGGAUGCCGCCCAAAAGGCUUUCCUGAUUAGUUGUGAAUUCAUGUUCGUUUGACAAUUCUAGUCAGAGGCUUUACUCAUUGAGAUGAGGACUAGUUCGUGUCUCUGCAAAAAAGGACAAAACUCAGGAAACCAAGCAACUGAAACCUGCUCACACAAGAGCCCUCAGAGUGUGUUUUUAACACCAGAAGGACCCACAGAGAUUGCAAACCCCAUUGUCACUGUGGGUAAGGCUAAAUGACCUGCCCUUUAUCAUAUAGCAAAUAAGAGGGUUAAAAAUCGAACCCUGGUAAUGUAUUAAGUCCAGAUCACUCUGGAGACAGAAAAGAAUGGACACAUUUGGAAAGUGCUUGUAUGGCUUCCAGAGAUGCAGCAAUUCGCCUGCGCGGGAGGGCGGGUGGGUAGACGUUGUGAGACCCUGCCUCUCAUACUUCAAACAGGCACUAGGGGAGGAACUGAUUUAUUCAGAUGCCAUCUUAGGUGGAGUAACUGAGAACGUUAAAGAGCGUUCGGCCCGGAUAGGUGUCGCCUCUCCGGGAUGUUCUCACGUUGGUGGAGGGCUCUGGCCUGGCCUGGCGGAGGGAGCCGAUACACUCCUGAGCAAACAGCAGCGCUGGGCGUACCGAGGGACUUAGGCAGACAGCUCAGCCCAGUGGCUAGAACUGCCUGGUAGCUUUACCAACAAAGCAAGGGACAGCCUUUGGAGGGAGGGAGUUCCCCGUCCGCAGGGGUGCAAGCAGGAGCUGAACGAUCGGUUAGGGGGACCGCAAGAGGCUUCCGGUCUCGAGGCUGGGAUAGGCUGUUCCCAGGAGCCUUUCAGGCCAGAGAGCCUAUGGCUGGUAAGUGUUGCCGGCUGCAAAGUGCAAUCCCGUUCUCUAGGCCUGGAGCCCAGCAUGGCUUACAGGGUCACCGUGGGGGCGGAUUCUCCUCCUCACGUUAGGGGAAGGGUGGUUUGGGGCCCCAGGAGAUCCAAGUGGUGAGUCAGCAACACACCCUGCCUGCGAGUGUCACUGUCAGGGAAGCCCGUACCACGUGUACCCGUCCGGGUGCCUGUGUCGCUGUGAUGUAACUGACGCUGUAACUACAUGUGCGGCCGCGUGGCUGUGUGUGUGACUUGUGGGAAUGCAGAUGUGUGCGUCUGCUGUGACCACAGCUGGCUGUAGAGCGGACGCUGGCCACGCGUGGGAGACUGUGUGGCCAAGUAGGAGCGUUAGCAGGCGUUUCUGUGCCCUAACAGCCUCACAGUCGCGAUGAGCAGACACGCCACCAGGCUUCUGUCAGACCCACGGCUGCAAGGCAAGAUUCUAGCUCAAAGAUCACCUUAAUGGCAACUGAAGUUGGAGGGGUCUGUGCCUUGCUGAGGGUCCUUAAUCCUUGUGCCACUCAUUCCUGGGCCCUGGGAACUGCAUGCCUGCCCCCGGGUCUGAAUGCUACAACCCCCAGGAGAGUAGCCUUAGGCGCCAAGGGAGACCAUUCCCAAAUGCGCAUCUCUGGAAUUCAGUCCCAGUGGCCUCCUCUAGAUCCAGCUCUGUAGCAGGUGCUGAUUCUUGGACAGUCACAAAAUGGGGCAACCCGACAGGCUGCCUUGGCCAGAACUGGAGCCCAGGCUGACCUUGUACAGCCCCAGGAUCCGUUCCUGAGCCACAGUGUUUGCAUAUGGGACCUCAGCUGGUAUCCCGGAUUAGAGGACCUUGGGACACCACAACUGUCACAACUUUGUGGCCAUCGCCAUCUGAUAAGGGAAUUCCCGAUCCUCUCUUCUUCCUCCUCUCCAUUUGCCCUCAUCAUGGGAAAAGCUGCCCAACAAAAUAAGGCCCCUUUUCUGGGGCCUGGAGGGCUCAGUUUUGCCCCCUACCCCAGCAACAUGCACACUUUGUAGGCUGUGGAUGGGUUGGUUCAAUUCUCUGAGCUUUAGAGUCUGUGCUGCUUUUCUGUUCCAUCAACCCCCUUGUUUUCUGUCCCAGUGCUCAUCACAGCUCUGUUGGACAGGUGCGACUCAGGCAGGUUUCCCAAAGGAUGUGUGCAUCAGCUGGGAUCCUUGUCUAGCCUGGGAGGCGGGCCCGAUCUACAAGAAAACAUGCGGGCUACCUUGCUCUAUGCACCUACUCUUUAUUGCUGCUGGGCCAGGUGCUGGGUCCUGCCCAGCCUGGGGAGGGGAGAUCCUGACCAGUUCCCCACUCUCUGUGGCCAGCAGGCAAGGCCAAGCCAAGGUCUGAGGCCUGCACCUGGCCCACCUGGCCCCAAGGCGCGGUCCAGGGCACGGAGCCCUGGGAGGGCGUUGGGCACAGGCGGGGCAGUGCGCAUGGCCCUGUGCACAGCCCUUAGCUUUUCGAGUCGCUGGCCAUGGGCCCCUGGCAGAACUCAUCCAUGAACUCGAGGAAGCAGCCAAACCUAGGCUGGCCCUCGCUCAGCGCUGGGCGGCCCGGGGGCGGCGCUGUGGCCCUGAACACCGUCCGCAGCGAGCAGCGCACCAGCUGCCGGUAGCGGGCCUGGAACUCCUUCAGCAGCCGCUUGGCCUCCAAGUAUUGCUUCUGGUUCACCAGCCGCCGCUCAGUCCGCUGGUGCAGGACAGCUCCUGCAGGGAGAGAAGGCCGAGGGGCACCAAACUCGCUCUGGGGCCCCCUAGCCCAAAGCAGUAGGGACUGUGUCCAGAGCGCCCCCACCCCCAAAAAGUGGGAUGGAGUGAAAGGAGGAUGCUACGGGGACUGAGAAUGGCCUCCCCAGCUCCGGGCAGUAAGAAGCCAGCUGAUUCUACCUCAAGCAUUAGUUCUGGUCUGUAACAUGCUGUGUGACUCUAGGCAACUCCCUGCCUCGCUCCAGGCAGGCCUCAGCUUCUCCAUCCGCAGAGGGGGCAGGGCGGGGGCAGACGCCAAGGGCCCUCAGCCUCCUCCCGGCAGAUGAGCGAACUUCUCUCUGUCUCGGGUUCUGGCCGCUGAAGACGGGGACAGGGAUGGGGAUGGGGGCGGGCAGAGCUGUACCUAGUGGAGCCUCUGUAAUGUUCUGGGGAUCCCGCAUGCGAACGAGGAGGUCAUCCAGCAGCUGGGCUCUAGUCUUCCGUGGCGGUGGAACAGGGAUCCUCUGGGCCUGACGCAAGGUAAGAGGAGCCUGUCACCCCAGUCCGGUGCUCAGCCUCUCCGGGCCAUACCUCAUACAGACGCAGCAACACGCAGGAGAGCACUUGGGGGCACUGGGAAAGCACAGCCCUCAGAAGGCCGUGAGGUGACAGCCACGGCUCUACUUGGGGGAUCCCAAGGAGCCAGUCGCACACGCAACGAGGUGGGGUUGACCCGCAUACCCGUUUCUCCUUGGGGACGUAGUGUUUCUGAAGCGCGUCCAGCCUGGGCUUGGAAGAGCGGCCCCGCAGGGGGCACUUCAGCAUGCGCUGCAGGGCCUGCGCGUUCUUCUGGAUUCCUAAGGCAAAAAGGCAAGGGUUGGGGCAAGGUACUCUUCCUCCAUCUGCUGGAUGCCUCCCCAGUUUUCUCAUUCCCCAGCAGCCCUGGGUGAAAGGAUUUGAGAGGCCCCAAGAGGAACACACUGCCCCCAUCUCUCCCUGAUCUGCUGCAGUGCCAGAACCUCCAUCAUUCAUUCAGUGAAUACUCGUCCCCUGGGUGCACGGAUCCUAAUGGAAAAAUAGCACUAGAAUGGGGAAAGGGACUGGCCGCAAUGUAACCCCAUUAAACACAGUGGGUUACACUGCAGGGACUGACCUCCAAGAGAGCACAGCUGAGUGCCAGUUCCUUUGAAAGCACAAGUAUUGUUAACACAUCAGUCUGAAAUCAGGGGCUCAGAGGGAGCACUGCCUCCCUUGCCUCAAACCAGAGAGAGAGGAUUGGGGAUGUUCAAUCUGGGGCUCAGCUGGGCUGGGAAGGAGCUCAGGAAUCUGGCCAGUCUGGGUAGCUGUUCAUCAAGCCCUUCCUGGAGACGCUUCUCCAGCCAGAGCAGCUAGGCCUAGACUGGCUGGAAUCUCGGAACAGCUGUGGCGCCUCAAAAUCCACUGAAGGCCCGGGCCAGGGGUCCUGAUAUGGGAGGCUCCGAACCAGGACACCUUCAGGAGCCCUUUGACAAAGGACAGCAUCCUGGUCUGGAAGUGAGGCAUGCCACCAGCCUUAGCUUUGCCCUGACUUGCUCUGGGCCGUGGAGAGGGCCCCCGUCUUGGAGCCAUUCUCCUCACAUACCCUUUGGCUCAAUAAAGGCUGGAUCAGGCUUGGCUGUCAGCAGCUCCUCAUAGCCAUGGUACUUGCUGGGGAGGGAGGCAGUCGGGAGCUUCCUCCAAGCCCUCUUUACCUCUCUGGGAGCUGUGUGGGGUGGUCUUUGCUCUUCCUCCCUCAUGGAUGAAUCAUCCCUCUGGAGGAUGGAGGAAGGCAGCUCACCCACCUGUGCCCAAAAGAAAACCAGCUUCCAUUAACAUGUCUAAGCAUCAGCUCUGUGCGGGUCCCCACCCUGGGCCCGUAAGGGCAAGAACCAAGACCAGGGUGAGAGGAGGCAGCCGUGAAAGCAGACCGUGAUUGUGCACCUUGGUAAGCGCCAGAGGAGAAGGGAGCACAAAGGUUCUGGGUGAGCCCAGGAAGCCCUCACCCCGCCUGCCUGUGGGGCUCGGAAGCUUCCUGGAGGAAGUGAGGCCUUAACCUGCACCAAGUCUUGAAGAAGCAGGGUGGCCCCAUUCAAAGGCAGGGAUGGGGAGAGGGGUGGGCUAUAAGUGCUGGGGAGAGAGGCCUGCUGCGGGCCAGGAAGAGCAGGGGCCGAGCCACCCGUGUAAGACCCGGCAAGGUGGCUCUGGGGGUACUCUAAGUUGGUAUCUUUGGGGUGUACUGUGAAGAGAUGGGUGACUGGAGCAGUAAGCAGGCCUCAGAUCAGUAAGGACUUUUAAAAGCCAACCUGAGGGUGUUUCUUUUGUUUUUUUUUUUUGAAUUUUCUUUAUCCUCACGGCGAUGGCAAAGCCACAGAGGAGUUUUAAGGAGGUGAGUGACCACUGUCUGAACUCACAUUUUUAGCCUACCCUAAGGGCUUUAUAAGAAACAUAUUUAUGAGACCUGUAUUUCAUGUAGGGAUGUUAUUUAUACACUUCAUGAAAGCUUGUGGCUAAGAAGAAACAGAAAAUCUGAACAGAUCUGUAACAAGUAGAAAUCUCAACAAUUCUCA